UAAACGCACAUCUACCAACACACACAGCGCUGAUCUUGAGAAAGAAAAAAAAGAUCUUCCCCAUUUGUGGAGUUGAGAGGGGCUGUGCUCCGCGCCCCCCGAGCUGCCGCCGCCCCAGAAGAGGCACGCUCAGCACAACUCGGCAGCCCACUGCGCGUUCAGAGCAGAGGAUGAGCGCUGGAUACUAGACGGCAACGCAACGACGCAGUUCCCAGUGAUGGCCUCAGCUGCGCAGCGGUGUGGGGAAUCUGGCCGCUGGGCGUAGGAGAGCAGCGGAUCCCUCUGGAACGCCCCGGUCCGCCUCCCGUCUCCCGUCCAGACCAAGCGAUAACGGCGAGGGAGAGGAAACGGCGGCUGUAGCCGAUGCCACCAUGUACAGCGUGGACGACCUCCUCAUCUCUCAUGGAUACAAGCUGCCCCAGCACUCGUCCUCGUCCUCGGCCCCCACCCCGGCCCCUACCCCGGCCCCUACCCCGGGCCAGGCUCCCUCCAGCCGCCCCACUCCCUCCCCCUUACCCCCGUCCUACGGCAAGCACGCCCAGGUGCCAGAGGGCCGAGCCGCCGGGUCCCAGUGGACGGUGAACGGCUACGAGAGAGAGGCGGGGCCGGCCGGUAGGGGCGGCGGCUGGAUGGGCGGCGGCGGCGGUGAUUUCCAACAGCCGCCGGUGGGCCGCGUCGGCUGUCCCAACAACAACAACAUGGAGCACCCCAGGGACAAGGGCCCGCUGAGACACGACGGGGAGGUCCAGGGUCACGGGGACUCCCGCUCUGAGUCCCUGACGUCAGACAGCGGGUUCUGCGAGGGGCCCAAAGGUGCACAACCCCAGUCUAAAGACGUGGCCUACUGGCGGCGGAGAGGCCAAGACUUCACCGUGCUGAUGGACUACGCCGACUUCAGAGAGCACCACGGAGGGGGGGCGCCGGCCGGCUACUGCAGGGCCGAGGCGCCGCAGCAGCCCCGGGGCCAGGAGGCGGCCAGCGACGAGCGGCAGCGGGCGGCCCAGGAGCGGCAGCGCUGGGCGGCCCAGGCCCAGGCCCGCGCCCGCGAGAGGGAGGCGGCGCUGCACCGCUGGCGGCUGGCCAACGAGAGGAAGUGCCAGAGCCUGGGGACCGACGAGUGGCGCCCGGCCGUGGGGUUCGGGCGCCAGCUCUCGGAGAGCGAGGCGGAGCGGUGGGCGCACGAGCAGCAGCGGCUCCACGCCAGGACCCCCGACGGCCUGGGGGCGCACCCCAGGACCAAAGCCAAGUCCCAGUCGCUGCCCCGCAUGCUGCUCCCCGACGGCCCGCAGUACGUGGACGUGGCCUCCGCCGGCCUGGAGCCGCACCGGAGGCUCAACGGCCACCCGCCCUCGCCCCACGACUUCCACAGGGCUCCCGCCCGCUGGCCGGAGAACGGCCGGCCGGCGAGCGCCAACCAGCUGUCCAUGACCCCGAAGGCCCGCUUCACACGGCCCCCCCGGCCGCCCUCCUACGAGGUGCACCAGCAGAUCCGGGGGAGCUGCGAGGUGCUGUCGGGCCGGGACUCGGUGAUGUCCCACGGCAGAGACCGCACCCCGCUGCCCCUGUCCAGGGCCGGGGACCCACAGCUCGACUAUUUUGCACAGGAUUCUGGCCCCCCAGGAUACAUCCCUCCCCCGUCGUACAAGAGAGCCCCCGUGAUGAGAGGAGGUCGGCGAGGCUAUGGGGAGAUCAUUGUGGACUAUAGGUACAGAGGCGACAUGUACCAGCAGAUGCAGAUGGCCCCGGACGGCUCCCACUGGUUCGGCGUGCACCCGGCGUGCUCCUGGCCCGACCCCCAGAGGGAGCGGAGCACCCCCAUCCAGAGGCAGCUGUACCCCGUCUACACCAGCCAACAGCUCCCCGGCGGCGGGGUCCAGUACAUCCCCUUCGACGACCCCCGCGUCCGUCACAUCUCCUCAGCCCUGGGCGGCAACUCCCUGACGGACGCGGACAAGAUCCGCCACAUACGCAACGAACUCCCCGGUGUCACGGCACCGGAGACGGGCCCCGACGACAGUGCCUUCCUGCCCCCGCCGCUCGGGCCCUUCGUUGCCGCCAAGCCCAAACAGAGCUCCCACCAGGCGUCUUCUCACAAGUUGGACAAUGACAACAACCGGUGGCACAGUGACUUGCACAAAGAAACCGUAGACAACUUCCCAGCAACAGACCAAAACUGCAACAACCGAUACCCCAAAAGUCAUCGUCCGCCCCCCUCGCCCUCCUCGGUCUUCCAGGUCUCGGCUCUGACAGCCUGCUCAUCCCGCCAGGGCUCCAGCUCGGAGCACGCCUUCACGGAAACCAUCACCCAGGUCAAGAAGAUUGUCCCGGACUCGGGGCCGGACGGCAACAGGAACAGUAAGAGGAGGGUGAGCGAGACCAUCUUCUGCCUGGUGUCCGUCCCCAUUCACUCUACGGCUAACAUAAACAAAGACACGGCGGCGGACCAGAACAACAACGAGACCAUCCCGCGGCUGACCAUCACCAACACGGACAGCGUCACCGUGCGCCACUCAGAGAACCAGAACAUGCGCAGUCAGUCUGUGAAUGAGACGGCCAUCAGGUCCCACCACUCCCAGUACCACACCAGCAGCCCGUCCUCUCUGAGGAACUACAAGAGAGCUCCUCUCAGGAAGGAGAUCAUCGAUGCAUGGGCCCUCCAGGCCAACGAAGACAAAGAGCGGUGCUACGCUGGCUCCUGGCCUGGGAACCAGUACCGCAACCAGGAGACCCAGACCACUUCCCCACCGACCGUCAUGAAGAGCGUGGAACCCCAGAGCACCCCCUCCGACGGGCAGCCUUCUUGCAGGGCGUCCUCAGACCCAGCCGUGGAGAGCAGCGCAGGCACAGACGGCAGCAGCUGCUAUGGCUACCCCAUGGCAGGCCAGAAGGACCUCCACCCUUCUAGCAACAGCGCCUUUUCCCGUCUCAGCCUCACCCUCAGCCAGCCCCCAUCGCCGCCGCCCUCACACCCCGCCCCAUGCUCCCCAUCCAAGGAGCAGAAGGAUGAGAAGGAGCAGGGUGCCCAGCCGCCAGCCUCCCCGAAAAAGAAUGGCUCCCUCCCGCUGGACGCAGCGGAGCAAGUGGCCUUCGGUCAAUUCCUUCUGAAGCCGGUGGACAGGCGCCCCUGGGACGCCAUAGGGGAGCUGGAAUGUAUCAACAAGGAGCUGGAAAUCACCAUUAGCAAGAGGCCAAAUGCGGAGCGGUGCAGCGUGAGCCUAGAUGACGUGCAUAAUCACACUUCAGCGCGCACAAAGUCACAUCCGCCACAGAGCCUCAGAACCACUGAAUCUCAAUUGCCGACGUCCCAUUCUGGUCGAGAACCAAUGAGUCUUUCACUCAUGCAGGGAAACAAACCCAAUGGCGGGCGAAUUAGAUCGGAGUCCUGCGGCCCUACCACAGACCGGGACUUUAGGGAGGCGGGGAGGACGUUUUCCAGGCCUCAGAGCGCCCGAGCCCACAGCCAUCCACAUCAACCCCCCCUAUCCCUUCAGGCCGACCCAACACUGGCCUACAGACAGGACAUCCCGGUUCCUCAAGAGUCCCUUUUGAGGGAUGUCGGGCUUACGGUUUACACAGAGACGCCAGGUGGUCCUGGAGAACCUAUCCAACGCUCCCUCUCAUCACCAUCUCCCAUCCAUCCCCAUGACUUCGGCCAGCCUGCACAGGAGAGGAGGCCGACACUGGUUCAAAACAGCAGCAUCUCCAAGCACAACUCAAGUAGAGAGCUACAGGCUGACGAGGAGACGGACAGAAAAGCCAAAGAAAACUUGCCACAGCCAAGGGGUGAGAAGAAUGUCCGAAUGUAUAGAACUAGAAGUGAAAGUGGCCGAUCGACAAGGGGUCAGGGCCAGGGGUCACCACGUACCCCCAGGCUGAACAGGGAGGCAGUACGCUCUUUUGAGGACGACGUGUUUGAGGAGAGGUUUGUCAUCACCGAGCCGCUGAGAUAUAAAAACACGGCCACGGUGACCGACAAGCACCUGGAGAACCUCCUGAUCCAGGAGAAGGCCAAUGCUCUGCCCACCGUGGACCUCAGCACACUCUACGAGGUGAAAAGCGCAAAAGGCAUCCCCGAGAACGAGUCCAUGGCGCAGAGGGCCGCCAGGAUCCUGGGCAUAUCGGUGCCUGCCGAGGCCUUGGGUGGGGGGGACGGAGAGGAAGAAGACCCGCCUCACAACUCUGUCGAGGAUACGAAGAGCGUCUCAGUGGAGAUGGGAAAACACAGCGCACGUGGAGAGACAAAGCAGGUGGUAGUACAGUGUGAGGAAGUGAAGGAGCCUUCGCCAACCGUCCUGGAGCAGGAGACGGCGGAGGGCAGGGAGAUGGGAUCAGAUACGGAGCCCACCGAAAGAAGAUGGAGGGAAAAGCCAGAUGAGGUCCACAGCAGCUUGAUGAAUAACGGCAGCUUUGACCAGCAACAGAUGCCUGUGCUUGAUGUCGUCAGCGGGAACAUCCCAGAGUUCCCCCGGAGCAAGCUGACCCUGUCCUUGCCCGCUACCCCCGUUGAGAAGCUGCCAACGUGUGGUGCGGAAAAGAGGAACCGCGGAGCAGCCUCCAAGCUCAUCGAGUCCCUCCAGGACAAGCUGAGCUCCUCUGCCUCCUCAUCGUCCACGCCUUCGGGCCGGUCGGCCACCGAGCGAAUGGCCCGGCUGAAGGAACGGGACUCUGUGUCGCGGAUCAGGCGCCUCAGUCUCAAAGGCUCGGAGUCCGGGGGAGAGACGGAGGAAAGAGACGGGAACCAAGAAGAAGAUGGAGAAAAGGCUGUGCUGAGAUGGGACAGUACAGAAGGGCAGCAAAAGGAGGAGGAGGAGGAGAGAAAUUCAAAGGACGAUGCGGUGCUGGUCUGUCGAGCUGAAAAAGCACACAAAAAACACAAUUUAAGAAUGGAUCCCAAAGAAGUAGGGAAGGAAGUAGUAAGUAACGAAAAAGAGCAAAGAAAAGGAGAGCACACAGAAGUAGUGCUGCACAUUGACAUAGAAAAGCAAAGACUAGAAGAGUGUGCGGAUCAAAUCAACGUAGAAGAGAAAACACUAGAAGAGAAACCACGAGAAGAGCAUGCCAAAGUAGAGCUUCAAAUCAAUGUAGAAGAGAAAAUACUAGAAGAGAAAACACUAGAAGAGCAUGCAGAAGUAGAGCUCCAAAUCAACGUAGAACAGAAAACACUAGAAGAGCAUGAAGAAACAGAGCUCCAAAUCAAUUUAGAAGAGAAAAUACUCGAAGAGCAUGCAGAAGUAGAGCUCCAAAUCAAUGUAGAAGAGAAAAUACUAGAAGAGAAAGCAUUAGAAGAGCAUGCAGGAAUAGAGCUCCAAAUCAACGUAGAACAGAAAAAAAUAGAAGAGAAAACACUGGAAAAGUGUGUAGAAGUAGAGCUACAAAUCAACGUAGAAGACAAAACGCUAGAAGAGCAUGCCAAAGUAGAGCUCCAAAUCAAGGUAGAAGAGAAAACACUUGAAGAGAAAUCUCUAGAAGAGCAUGCAGAAGUAGAGCCCCAAAUCAACGUAGAAGAGAAGUCACUAGAAGAGCAUGCCGAAGUAGAGCUACAAAUCAAUGAAGGCGAGUUGAAAAACGAGAUUGCACUUGGAGCCGCCGAGGAAGCCGAGGGGAAGAAAGACGCGGUCCAAUCGCAGAGCGAAGAGGUGGCCGAACCGCGGCAAACGGGGGAGGAGAAGGCAGAACCGAGGGGGAGGGAGUCCGGGGCGGGCGGGAUCCGGCCGGAGCCGGGGGAGCGGGGAUCGGCGGGCCCGGACCAGCAGGCGAUGCGGCCCAAGCCUCGGCAGCGAACCAGCAGACCCCAGAAGCCGCCGCUGCUGCCCAAACCGCGCAGCGUGCCCAAGAGGGAGAUCACCCUGCCGCUCAGCUUCAGCACUGUGACCUCCGCCAUGGAGGACAAGGAGGCCCUGUCUGUCUCAGACUCGUACGACCCCAGUCGAGUGGAGAGAGUGUGACCUCCGACGUGGCCUUCACCACUGUGAAAAUUGAUUCCAGCUUACGUUAACAGCUUUUUACCCAACGACAAAGCCCCAACCCCCCUCACGAGUACUGUUAAUACAAUAAUCCUGCCAACCGUGUCUGUCCUGAUGCUGCAAGAGUAUUUUCUACAGCUAAAUCAAGGUUCCAGCGGUAUCUAUUCUCCAUACCCCUACCAAACCCCAUCGACCUCCGUCCUAUACAGUCGCAAUGUCAAAAAGUUUAUUAUCAUCUCAACCGGUUUUUAACACAGAUUCUCUUCUGUUCCUUUUCUUUUCCCCUUUUCUUAUUUUUCGCCUGAUGCAUGACAUUUAUCCCCACCACACAGCGAGCAUUAGUGCAGGAAUAUGAAUGUAAAAGUGCUUCUGCUUCUCACACAAAAGACUAAUUAAAUGAAAUAAAAUAUAUAUUAAAUAGGUAAAAAAAGAGGUAUUGCGUUACAAUCAGUGUUAAACCUACACCAAAUGUAAAUAACAUAGAGGUCUAAGAUUUAUGAAGAAAAAAAUGAAUCAAACUUUUCAUUGCUGACGAAAUGUAUAUUUUCUUAUCGAUGUUUAGAUAUAAAUAGAUAUUUUGGGGAAAUGUAGUCUAGGGGUGUAUUAUUAAUAACUGCCCCCCUCCCCCCCUCUGUUCUUUAUUCUUAUACUUGUGUGAUAGAGAAUGUACCAAGAGAUUGUGGGUUAGAACAAGAAACACUGUGGUCUUUGAAUCGUCUCACUUAAGAGCAAUAUUGUUGCAUGGGAACUUUUGUUACAACUGCCCCGCGUAGCAGAGGGUCUGUGGUGCGGGGAGCGGAGUCCAAUUUAAACGGCCGCUCUAAAGCUGUACAUUUUGGUACAGCUGUCAGGGAAGUUGCAACCCUAUGAUUGCUAGCUUUAUGUUAGUCGCGGUCAUUUCUUGAAGUAGCAGAUAAAAUUUGGUUGACUGUUGUUCAGUUUUACCACACACACACACACACACACACACACACACACACACACACACACACACACACACACACACACACACACACACACACACACACACACACACACACACACACACACACACACACACACACACACACACACACACAGUGAGGUUAUAUCACAUUGAGUUUAUAUCCCCACUGCAAUCACGUCGUGUAGCCAAAACAUAUUUUAUUGUUAAGAAUCAUUAAAAUGUACAAAACGAAAUAUAUAUUUUAAAUUGUUAACAAAAGUUUAUAUUUAACCGUGCAUUUUCUUUGACCACAUCAAGGACAGGAUUGAGUUAUGAGAAGGUAUCAUUUUUGAAAAAGUGCUUUAUGCAAGAUACGAUAGAUGUAGCUAUGUUGAUCGCUGUGUGCCUUGUACACACUACUGGUUCUGUGGAGGAAUUCAUUUGUAAGAUACAAUGGGUCCAGUGUACACAUUUUAGUUUAACAGAUUUAAAAUGGACAUUAUAAGUCCAAUUUACUUUCAUGAAUAGAUAUAUACCGUUUGUAUCAUUUGGCAUUCUUUUGGCAAUAAUAUUGAAUACCAAGCUAACGAUGCUUUAUAUUCAUGCUGUGCAGAACCAUGUCAUUUAGAUACAUAUGUAGAGCUCAAUUAGCAAUACAUAUGAAGGGAUUAGCAAUACGUGAUAAGUUUCAAUACCAUACCAAACAAAAUACACUAUGCAUUGGGCAUCAAUUUUCUCUUGCUUAACACUAAAUUCAAAGCAAAUACUGGAUUUUCCACAUUAUAAUAAGCUUGUAUGACCAUAUCACUCGCAAAACUUUGUCACGUCUUGAGUCAUCAUAAUGUGUCUGUAUUUGGUGUUGAACUUGGUGGAUCUGAUACUAGUCAUGUGAUGAGAGUAGCUUUGACUUUAGUUGAACGUUGAACGGUCUGCUUAUCGUCCUGUUAUCGACCGUGUACCUGUACCUCUGUACAUCAGGUAGUCUAACGUUACAUGGCCAUUCACAUAGAUGUUUUUGUACUGAAAGUUAUUUGUACAUAAACUAUUGGUGCACAUCUUGCUUUGAUAUUUUCUAUUUUCAUACCCAAGUCUGUAAAGUUUUUUGUGUAUGAUCAAACAUCGAUUUUUUUUUUUGUUGCAUGAAAUGCAUAAGACAUAUGAGAGCAAAUGGUGCAUUUGCAUAUAAUUGCAUUUGGUACGAUACAGUUUAGCUGAUAAGCAAGUUAUAUUUCAUAUAAUGCCUAUUUUAUUUUCCAAAAUGAAGCAACAUAUUUAACAGAACAAGGUAUUUUUUAGAUUGUUGUCUAAAGGGAGUUGUUUUUGAGUAACCAAUUGGUCUCUAUUUAUGAUGCAAUCUUUGAGGUUGAUCAUGAAUGCAGGCCGAUGUGUUUUACUGUUGUAAAUUACUGAAGACUAUUAAUAAAUGAAAGUCUUUGCAUGUAAAA